CCGUCUCCGACUGUUGCUGUGAGAGGAGCUUCUGCCAUGUCCGCCCACCUGCAAUGGAUGGUCAUCCGGAACUGCUCUAGUUUCUUGAUCAAAAGGAACAAGCAGAUGUACAGCACCGAACCCAAUAACCUGAAGGCCCACAACUCCUUUCACUACAACGGGCUAAUUCACCGCAAGACGGUGGGCAUGGAGCCAGCGGCCGAUGGCAAAGCUGUGGUGGUCAUCAUGAAGUGGAGAUCCGGCCAGCGAAAGCCAUCCACCUCCUGCGUGCGGACCACCAUCUACAAGAAUGCCCAGGCCAUGCUGAGCAGCAUCCAGCACAUGAUCUGCACGAACAAGUACCGCCCAGAUCUGCGCAUGGCCGCCAUCCGCAGGGCCAGUGCCAUCCUGCGCAGCCAGAAGCCCGCGAUGGUGAAGAGGAAGCGGGCCCGCCCCACCAAGAGAUCCUGA